AUGCUCAGUCUCACAGGGAAAAGAAGCGCAAUUGCGCAGUCAAAAUGCUUAACUGCUCGUGCGCUCCCAGCGCGCGCUGUAGCUGGCGCACAGCCGUCCAGCUCUAGCCGAGACUUUCACUCAACGCCGACAAACGCCGCAUUCCGCCCGACGUGGAUGCCUAUGCGUGUCAAGACUCCGUGGAUUGAUGCGUUGACGCAAAGUCGUGAGGCGGCGCGUAAUGUUAAGGCGGGGGUUCAGGCGCCGCCGCUUGUUAAGCCGGAUUUGACGCCGAAGAAGAUGUCGGAUGGCCGGUAUAGUGCUAUUCUGCCUUUGGCUCAAGAUAAGUGGCUAUUGGAUACAUAUCUUAAUGCCUCGGGCCAUAUUCGACUUGGGUCUCUUCUUAUGGACCUUGAUGCUCUGGCUGGUGUGAUUGCAUACCGCCAUACUGGAGAUGGAGUUACUACCGUCACUGCUGCCGUGGAUCGUAUCACUAUUGAGAACCCGUUGAUGGAGAUCUGUGAUCUUGAGCUCAGCGGCCAGGUCACAUAUGCUACUGGACGAUCAAGUAUGGAGGUUUCGUGUCAGGUUGUCAAGGUUCUACCAGAAGGACAGACACCUAAGCCCGAAGAUGUCUUGAUCACCUGUGCUUUUACUAUGGUCUCAUUGGACCCCGCGACGAAGAAGCCUGCUUGUGUUGCACCUUUACUGGUUGAGACCGAGGAAGAAAAGCGUCUAUUCCAGAAGGGCGCUGAGAACUCCAAGGCUAAGAAGGCUCUUCGAACCCGCAGUCUGCUCGAGAAAGCACCCGAUGACGAGGAGAGUAACCUCAUCCACUCUAUGUGGACCAAGGAAAUGUCCUACCUAAACCCCGAAACCCCAAUUGCCCGUCCCUCAAACUCAGUCUUCAUGAGCGAGACCGUCCUCAAAUCAGCAAUGAUCAUGCAACCCCAAGAUCGCAACAGACACAACUUUAUGAUCUUCGGUGGUUUCCUCUUAAAACAAUCCUUCGAGCUAGCCUUCUGUUGCGCCGCAUCAUUCGCUCACGCCCGACCCAACUUCUUGGCCCUGGAUCCUAGUACAUUCGAGAACCCCGUUCCGGUGGGAAGUGUGCUGUAUCUCCGUGCUACGGUCGCGUACACCGAACCCGAGGAGCGUGAAGGUGACAGUAGUAAGUACACGAAGGUGCAGGUGCGUGUUGACACCAAGGUGCGGGAUGUUGAGCACGGCACCAAGAAGUCGACUGGUAUGUUCAAUUAUACUUUCUUGGUCGAGAAGGAUAUCAAUGUUAUGCCGAAGAGUUACGGGGAGUUCAUGCUGUGGACUGAUGCGAGGAGGAGGGCGAUGAAUGCUGCGGCUAUCGACCCGGCGCAUAAGACUAGUGCGUUGCGAAGUAUCAAGGACAGCGUCACUGAGUAG